UCCGCCCUCACGUGGCUGCGCUUGUCCACGCCAUCUUCCGAAGAGAGGCCUGUGACUGAGCCACCCAGGUUUCGCCUUGCAACGACAUCAGCCUGCAUAAGCUGCGGUGCGACCAAUCGCGCAGCUCCGCUGCCAUCCCGUCGAGUGCCAACGCAUCACUCC